CGAGCCCACGCCGCGCGAGCGCCAGGUGGCACCGCGUCCGCGCGGCGCGGGGCCCUGAGCAAGCGAGCGCGACCCGACCCAGCCCUGAGCCCUCCACGCUCCCAACGAACUACCAACUGCGCGAGCGAAGCCUCCGCUGAUCGGCUGAUUCCGCGCACGGUGGGCGGCGGCGGCGGCGGCAGGUACAGUACAGUCCACAGCCCUAGGCCAGCCACGAUCACGAGCCAGCCGGCGGGCGGGGGCCAUGGAGCGCAAGCUGCUGCCGUCGUCAGUGCACGUGACGCGGCGGAAGGGCGCGGCGGCGACCCGGAAGUGGCUGGUGGUGCAGGCCGCGGCCGCGGGGGAGCCUCUCGUGGCGGAGCUGGGGAAGCACCGGAUCAUGGAGAUGACGGGCCUGCCCACGCGCGACCUCCGCGUGCUCGACCCGGACCUCGACUCCCCCUCCACCAUCCUGGGCCGCGAACGCGCCGUCGUCGUCAACCUCGAGCACGUCAAGGUCAUCGUCACGGCCGCCGAGGCGCUCGUCCUGGACUCCAGCAACCCGCUCCUCGUCCCCUUUCUGAAGAGCCUCCACGCCCGCCUCUCGCCUCCGGAUGUCUCUAGCACGAGUUCAGCGACUGAUCGCAGCAAAGAGACGGAUCAGGGAAACGGGCCAACAGUGGCGCUCUGCGGGGCUGGCAAUGACAAUGUCGAGACCCCGCCCUUCGAGUUCAAGGUGCUUGAGGUCUGCCUCGAGCACACAUGCAAAUGCUUGGAAACUGAGACGCUGACUCUCGAGAAGGAAGCUUACCCAGCCUUGGAUGAGCUGACCUCCAAGGUUAGCAGGCUGAAGUUGGAGCACGUCAGGAAUAUCAAGAACCGAUUAGUUGGGGUGUCAGGGCGCGUGCAGAAGGUGCGGGAUGAAAUCGAACACUUGCUGGACGACGACAUGGAUAUGGCUGAGAUGUACCUGACAAGAAAACUCACGUUCCAAGGAUUCCCCGAGACAUUGGGCUCAGUCGAUUCAAAUAAGGAUGCAUCCACGGAUCAUAACGAGAACGAGAAGUAUGUAAUCCCGGAGGAAGUAGAUCGUGAUGAUGAGACAGAGACUGUGCGUGAAAGUUCUGCCUAUGUUAAGCCUGAUGUUGAAGAGUUGGAAAUGCUUCUUGAAGCCUACUUCGUACAGAUCGACGGCACGCUGAACAAACUGUACCAUCUCCGAGAAUACGUGGACGACACAGAGGAUUACAUCAACAUAAUGCUGGACGAGAAGCAGAACCAGCUACUGCAAAUGGGCGUCCUGCUAACGACGGCUACCGUGGUGGUCACUGCCGGUAUCGUGGUCGUGAGCUUGUUCGGCAUGAACAUCCAUAUCGAACUCAUGAAAGAUCCGGAGACCGAUGAGCAGGCGAGGAUCAAGAACUUGAACUUUUGGGAGGCCACCUGCGGCACAGUGUUCGGGUGUCUUGCGAUGUAUCUCCUGGCAAUCUAUGCGGGGAAGAGGAGCCAAAUCCUGCACUGAUGUCAGUAUGUCACUGAUGCCUGACGGUGCCCUUCUCAGUUCAGCAAACGUUGGAAAAAGAGGAAGUGUCACAGUGCGAACUCUGCGGCACGAGUCCUCUGUUUUGGACCGGCACGAAAUUCUUCCGCUGUGUAUAAGACGCAAUAUUUGAUCAUGCCCUCGUUAUUCUUCUAGAGUUCUAGUAGUCGAUUUAGCACGUUUGGUCUAUUUUGUGCGUGUAUUAACUGCCCUUUGUUUGUUACUAGUACAUAGAUAUAUAACUAUAUAAGGGCAGCCCUUUUGUUUUCCUGCAUAAAAUAGAUCAAAGAAGGAUAGGUUUUCGUUUCCCUGCAUAAAUAUGAAUAUGAAUCAAAGAAGGAUAUUGCCACACUA